AUGAAAAGUACUUACAUAUCGUCAGAAUGGAUGUUUGUCUGGGUUGCCACCAUUGUCACCUUCCAGUCGCUGAUUUGGCUGAUGACACACUGGAACGUCAACCUCAAGAGCGCCUUCACCACGACCGCCGCCCGCGAUGUGCGCUCGGCCCAGCUCAUCAAGGUGCAGCCCAUCAAGAACGCGGGCGCGGCCGAAAUCUGCCAGCUGGUGCGCGACAAUGUGGGCGGCAAGCAGAACAUCUCUUUUCUGUUCCAGAAACGUCGCUUCCUCUACGAUGCCGCCAAGGGCUCGUUUGCUCCGCUCUCUUACGCCCUCGAUACCGACCCGAAGCCGCAGCUGAAGACGUUCCAGCAGACGCAGGGCCUCGUCUCGCCCGCCGAAAUCGAGCGAUUGACAGAGCACUAUGGCACCAACGCCUUUGACAUCCCCGUCCCGACCUUCACCGAGCUCUUCAAGGAGCACGCCGUCGCGCCCUUCUUCGUCUUCCAGGUGUUCUGCGUGGGCUUGUGGAUGCUGGACGACUAUUGGUACUACUCGCUCUUCACGCUGGGUAUGCUGGUCAUGUUUGAGAGUACCGUCGUGUGGCAGCGCCAGCGCACUCUUAACGAGUUCCGCGGCAUGAGCAUCAAGCCCUACGAGAUUUUGGCGUACAGGGAGAAGAAAUGGCAGCAAAUUAUGAGCGACAAGCUGUUACCCGGCGACCUGGUCAGCGUGGGUAGGACUAAGGAGGACUCGGGUGUGGCCUGUGAUAUGCUCCUUCUUGAGGGCUCGGCGAUUGUCAACGAGGCUAUGCUUUCAGGAGAGAGCACACCUGUGCUAAAGGAAUCGGUACAACUCCGCCCGGGAGAAGCGCGCAUAGAGCCUGAAGGCCUCGACAAGAAUUCAUUCCUAUGGGGUGGCACCAAGGUUUUGCAAGUCUCGCACGGUACAAACGCGGAAGAGGAUGGUGCAACGGUCUCGCGCCUGGCAUCUGGUGUUCCUCCACCACCGGACAAUGGUGCUAUUGCAGUCGUCAUCAAGACUGGAUUCGAGACCAACCAGGGUAGUCUUGUCAGGACUAUGAUUUUCGCUACCGAGCGUGUCUCCGCCAACAAUGUCGAGGCCCUCUACUUCAUUUUGUUCCUUACUGUUUUCGCUGUCGCUGCUUCCUGGUAUGUCUGGCAGGAGGGUGUCAGGCUGGAUCGCCAGCGCAACAAGCUCCUGCUAGACUGCGUUUUGAUUGUGACCAGCGUCGUUCCCCCCGAACUGCCCAUGGAACUUAGUUUGGCUGUCAACACCAGUCUUGCUGCGCUCAGUAAGUAUGCCAUCUUUUGCACCGAGCCUUUCCGUAUUCCUUUCGCUGGCCAGGUCGAUGUAGCCUGCUUCGACAAGACAGGUACCUUGACGGGAGAAGAUUUGGUUGUCGACGGUAUAGCUGGUCUGUCGCUUGGCGACUCUAGCGUCGAGGUUGGUCCCGAUGGUGCGCACACUGGCCUUACCAAGGUCACUGAUGUUGCAACGGAAACCACACUCGUCCUGGCCACUGCACAUGCCUUGGUAAAGCUUGAUGAUGGAGAGACUGUCGGUGAACCCAUGGAGAAGGCUACCUUGGAGUCUCUUGGCUGGAAGCUUGGAGCUAAGGACAUCCUUACUGCUACCACUACCACUGCCAAAUCUCACGCAGAGAUUGUACAGAUCCGCCGCCGCUUCCAGUUCUCCUCUGCUCUCAAGCGCCAGAGCUCUGUCGCAACUGUUGUUGUCAACAACCAGAAGACUGGCCGCAAAGUGAGAAGCACGAUUGCCGCCGUGAAAGGUGCUCCAGAGACUAUUCGCAAAAUGCUGGUCAACACGCCCCCGAAUUAUGAAGAAACCUUCAAGCACUUCACUCGUAACGGUGGCCGUGUUCUCGCGCUCGCCUACAAGUACCUCUCGGAAGAGGGAGAAUGGGGCCAGAAUCGCAUCAACGAUCUCAAACGCGAACAGGUCGAGUCUGAUCUGCACUUUGCCGGCUUCCUUGUCUUACAAUGUCCAUUGAAGCCAGAUGCGGUUGAAGCUGUCCGUGCUUUGAACGAGUCCAGUCAUCGUGUCGUCAUGAUCACUGGUGACAACCCGCUCACCGCCGUUCAUGUCGCCAAGCAGGUGGAAAUUGUUGAUCGUGACUGUUACAUCCUCGACGCGCCUGAGAAUGAUGAAUCAGGCCAAAAGGUCGUCUGGCGCAGUGUCGAUGACAAAAUCAGUAUUCCCGUUGACUUUACCAAGCCCUUGGACGCUGAAAUCCUGGAGACGAAAGACAUCUGCAUUACUGGCUAUGCACUUUCAAAAUUCAUGGACAAUCCUGGGUGGAGUCAGAUCUUACGCCACGCGUGGGUUUAUGCGCGCGUAUCACCAAGGCAAAAGGAGGAGAUUCUUCUUGGCCUCAAGGACUGUGGCUACACAACUCUGAUGGCUGGAGAUGGAACGAACGAUGUUGGAGCUCUCAAGCAAGCCCACAUUGGUGUCGCUCUACUCAACGGUACUCGCGAUGAUCUUGAGAAGAUCGGUGAACAUUUCCGCAACACUCAGAUGAAGAAUGUCUACGAGAAGCAGUGUCAACUCAUGAAGCGCUUCAAUCAGCCUCAGCCACCGGUUCCUAUCAUGAUCGCUCAUCUAUAUCCACCUGGUCCUACCAACCCACACUAUGAAAAGGCCUUGGAAGCACAGGCGAAGAAGAAGGGUCUUGCGCCCGGUGCUAAUGGUGCCGCCAACGGGUCGGCCGGCACACUUGUCGCUCAACAGCCUGGAGAGGUUCAGCCACCGCAAGCUGCUGGCAAUGUGAUGCAACAGAUGCAGGAGAAAAUGAUGCAAUCAGAGCUGGAUGAACUCAACAAUGAGCCACCGACGAUCAAGCUCGGCGAUGCCUCAGUUGCUGCUCCCUUCACGUCAAAGCUAGCCAAUGUUGUUGCGAUCCCAAACAUCAUUCGUCAAGGCCGAUGCACGCUGGUUGCCACGAUUCAGAUGUACAAGAUUCUCGCUUUGAACUGUUUGAUAUCUGCAUACAGUUUGUCAGUCUUGUAUCUUGAUGGUAUCAAGUUUGGUGAUGGGCAGGUUACAAUUUCGGGAAUGAUGAUGAGUGUCUGCUUCUUGUCCAUCUCCCGUGCAAAGACCGUUGAAGCACUCUCCAAAGAGCGUCCUCAACACAAUAUUUUCAAUACGUACAUUAUCGGCUCCGUCCUCGGUCAGUUCGCCAUACACAUCAUCACUUUAAUCUACGUAUCCCAAUACGUCCAACGCGUCGAGCCCAAAGACCCGAACCCCGAUCUCGAAAAAGACUUUGAGCCUUCCCUCCUCAACUCUGCAAUCUAUCUGCUACAACUGAUCCAGCAAAUCUCCACAUUCGCAAUCAACUACCAAGGCCGUCCUUUCCGCGAAUCCAUCCGCGAGAACAAGGGCAUGUACUACGGUCUCGUCACCGUCUCCGGCGUCGCCUUCUCUUGCGCCACAGAAUUCAUUCCAGCGCUCAAUGAGAAGCUGAAACUAGUGCCUUUUACCACUGAUUUCAAGAUUAUGAUUACAAGUAUCAUGGCCCUCGAUUUCAUCGCGUGUUACGUUAUUGAGAAGGGCCUGAAGUGGGGCUUUAGCGACAACAAACCCAAGGAUAUUGCCGUACGCAGGCCGGAGCAAUUGAAGAGAGAGGCAGAGAGGAAAGCGGUUGAGGAGAAGGAGGCACAGGAGAAAAGGAACAAGGAGGCUGAGGAGAAGAGAUUGGCGCUAGAGGCGAUGAAGGAGGAGCGGCUGAGGAAGUUGAAAGAAAAGUGGGGUGUACAGUAG